AUGGCACAACAAAACAAACCCUCUAAAUCAGCUUUAAUACAUAAGAAAAGAAAAUGUGAUGAUUCAGAGCCCUGUCGGGAAGAUGACAGUUGGCCCAGAUUUAUUGUUAUAAAAGGAACAGAAGAAAAACCAAUUUCAAAAAUAUCGCCCUUUGUAAUUCACAAACAAAUUCAAAGCGUUGCUGGUACUGUUAAAAAAGUUUCAAAAAUGAGAUCUGGCAAUUUGUUGGUUGAAUGUUCCAACAAAAGUCAAUCAACAAAUUUACUUACAAUGUCUACAAUAUCAAACUUUCCUGUUUCUGCCUCUCCUCAUAACAGUUUGAACAGCUGUAAGGGGAUCAUUCGAGACAGAAGUCAAUACCUUGGUGACCUUACCGUGGAAGAAAUCGAGGAACUUUCAAGCCAAGGUGUAACUAAUGUUAUUAGAUUUCAAAUUAAAAAGAAUGGAAAUAUAAUCAAAUUAAAUACUUAUCUUUUGACCUUUAGAACUCCAACUCCUCCUCCAUCUAUUACUUUAGGUUGCUUCGGAAUCAGAGUUGACAUGUUUAUCCCAAACUCAAUUCGAUGCUUUACUUGUCAAAAGUUUGGUCAUGGAAGCAAACAAUGUCGUGGUAAGCAGAGAUGCUUCAUGUGUUCUGACGAAGGACACGAGGGAACAAACUGUCACUCUGAAUCUUCUAAAUGUGUAAACUGUGGUGAAUCCCAUUUUUCAUCGUCUAGGGACUGCCCUGUUUACCUUAAAGAAAAAAAUAUUAUUAAAAUUAAAACAGAAAGAAACAUUAGUUACCCAGAAGCUAAACAGAUAGCUUCUGUUUCGAAUGAUCUCCUUGUUUCAAACAGACCAUCGUACGCCAGCAAAGUUGUCCGCUCAUUCAGUCACGAGAAUACACAAACUCGCAUGACUUGGCCUAUUGAUGCGGACAAUUUUAAAAUGCUGCCUGUUGAAACAGAACCUACCGAUAGAAUAUUAAUUCCAAGAAAACCAAUAUCUUCCAAAACCAGUACUCAGUCAACUCAAUCUUCCCUACAGAGCUCACUAUCAUCACCAAAAAAAAAAUGA